GCUUGGCUCAUGUUCAUGACAUACGAAACUGCUGACGUUGUUCUUCUCGCGUUGAACAAUGGUCAGGAACGUCGACCCAAACCCGCAUCUCGCAUGUCUUCCUGCCGCGGGGCUUGCGUUAUAUAUGUCUCAGCCCCUCCUCCGCCCGAUGUGCGCCGUCCAACUUGCCGGACGCCGUCGUCAUCGCAACAGCUGUAGUAGGCCAGCUCUCCUUCAAAGU